AUGAGUGAGGACACUAUCGAGGUCGUCAGCUCCCCUGCCGACACAAUCAUCAUGAGCAUGGAAGUCGACCGACAAUCGUCGCACACCGUAGAAGCUACCAAUGAUGGCCUCUCGGAUCCAGAGUGGGAGCGGAGGGAUCCGCCAUCUCCUAUGCUGCAUACUACUUGGACCUCGAACACAACUGCCAUGGCCAAGUGCGACACCUGCGAGCGUGGCAGCCGAGGAACCCUCCAGCAGUGUCGCCGUUGUGCUGUCACCAUUUGCCAAGAGUGUUUCGACGCCGGGAAACUGAGCCAUGAUCACCAACUCGAUGCCGACAGUGUUGAUUGGAACCAGCACAACAAGAGUAGCCGAUCGUCAAAGAAGAGGGCCUCGAGAGCGAGACCUAGAUUCGACAGUUCUUCGGCAACUGCCUCAGCAGGAACCUCAGCAUCGCCACACUCUCAAGAGAGACAAUUCGGGGGAGUUGUUCCUCCCGACACGGCGUCGCCAUCCAACUCUGUACCCUCUACCCCCGAAAGACCUAGUAUCGGAGAGAUGUUUAAUCGCACUCCCCGGUAUGAGGUUGGUGGGACUGCCACCGUUAGGAAUCACUAUGGGAACAAUGGAUACGCCCCUAUCGAGCCUCAUCCUUCGUCUGACAUCGAACAGGCAGAGUCAGGGAAUUAUUGGAAUUCUACCUUUAGCCAACCACCGGGUCGACACCGAGAGUAUCUUGAUGGUUCUUCCAGUAGUAACGGCGCUACUCUCGCAAGCAGCGAGGACCCAUCCUCGUGGAACCAUACUUUCGGCCAACGUCGACAGGAUCAUCAGGGUUCUUCUGCCUACCGUCUCUCCGCUUCCGCAACUUUUGAGGGCACAAGCCCGUGGAACAUGAUGUUCGGCCAGCCCCAAACUAGACGCCAGCAUGAUCAAAUGCAGACUUCCCAGAAUAGCGCCGCUUCCGCAAACAAUGGCGAAUGGCGUCAGUCAUUUCAAUCUUCCUCGGCAUACAACAUCAACCAACUAGCGUAUCCUGGCCAGCAGGAGCCCGCGGCCAACCUUCUGAUGCGGUCGCGCCAGGAUUUGUCCAGCAGCUGGCAACCACAUGACGCCCCAUACCCAUCUGCCGCGAGAUCUAACAUGUAUUACUCGGAUCUCUUCAACUAUGGUCCUGUCCCUAUAGCUGUGGCCCCAGCAGCGUUCCCACGGUCCCCUAGUCGGGUACAAUCUACUCCAAGAGUCUUGCCUGAAAGGAUCAUGCCACGCUUUUUGUCCCUGGAUCUGCGGUGCCACCCAUCAGGACCUCCACGACGAUACGAGGACUAUUUUGAUCUCCAUUAA